GUCGUGCCUAAAGCUUUCAUCAAUGAAGUAAACAUUCAACAUGGAUGAUUUCCGAUUGUCUUCAUCCGUAUUUUAGGUCAAAUAAAUUGUUUAGGAUGCGUAAAUAAAGUUUAAUAAAAGUUAAUAAUUAUUGUAUGAAAAUGUCUUCGGAAAGGGUGGAAUGGGUGGAAAUCAUCGAGCCGAAGACAAAGGAGCAUAUGUAUGCUAACCUCACCACCGGGGAGUGCGUUUGGGACCCACCUGAGGGAGUAAAAGUUAAGCGCACAGACUCAUCACAAUGGUGGGAGCUUUUUGACAUUAACACUCAUAGGUUUUACUAUUAUAAUGCUUCUACACAGACUACGGUGUGGCAUAGGCCUACUGAUUGUGAUAUCAUACCGCUUGCAAAACUACAAACUCUUAAACAAAACACUGAUCCUCAGAAAAGAAGGGAAACAGCAACACAGACCAACCAAGCAUCACCUCAGGUCCCACCAACAAUAGAGCCUGUCAGCAGCAAUGGUAGCAGUACACUAGCGAGUGCCAGUAAACUAUCGCCGAGCACUGCCAAGAUGGUCACACAAACCAGCCCUGUGCGGACUAGGAGGUCACAUUAUCAUCAUAGAAAUAGCGGUGAUAGUCGUCGCGGGCGACUGAGUGAGGACGGCUCGACGCAGAUGUGUCGGCACACAGACUCCGGCCGGUCCUCGGACAGCAGCAUCAGUAGCGCUCAGCAGCGGCGGAAACAGGAGUUAAAUGCAGUCGCGUGCAACCCGUCUAUAUGCACACCGCAAUUGAGGAAAAGGAGUAGCGCAGCGCAGGCUCAUGAAACUGAGAAAUGGUCUCCCCACUCAGGUCUGAACCGCAGCGGCAGUUUUAUAUCGCCGCGGAAGGACGCCUCCGACGACUCCAUGCACGAGAAAUACUUCAAGUCGGUUGAAAGCACGCCAUUGACUAGACGCAAGUUGAAACAGCAAUCGGCGGGUGGGUCGUCUUGCGACUCGGUCUCCCCGCAGAGUCCCAGUAGUCCCUUGCAAAAACCCCAGCCAACGCCUUUCCUGCAGACGACGGCGGCGCGGCCGUCGCUGGUGUCGUCGAUCUCGCUGGCCACGGAGGCGGCGGGCGGCGCGCGCGUGCUGCACAGCCUCGAGCGCCCGCACCAGCUCUCGCGACACGCGCGCGAGCGAUACUCCGACAGACAUCUCGACAAAGAUCGCCUGGCGGAACUGGAGCGUAUGGACAGGUACCCUGAGAAGCAGGCCGUGUACAGCGUGGACAAACCGUUUCGCCAGACCAGUCUCGACCUGCGCCACAAUGCCGCCUCCGCCAACUGGCAUCCCACAAGGGACUUCACAAGACGGCAGCAAGCGGAGCCGGAGCGCUACUCGUCGAGCAAGACGUCCGUGUCGUCGGGCAGCAGCAAGCACCGCACGCCGCCGCACGACUCGCUCGCCCCGCACACCCCGCACGCCCCGCACGCCCCGCACGCCCCGCUCGCCCCGCUCGCCCCGCACGCCCCGCACGCGCCGCACCACACGCACCACCAUCAACACAACUUCAUGCGCCUCUCCUCCGCCAAUGAACAGGAUAAUAUCGCUGCCGUGAAUUACAAAUUGAAGUGUGUCAACUUGGAGCCGCCACUGACUGAGCCAAAUGUACAGAAACAUAACCAACGGAUGGAGAGAACCUCCACGCCACGGGAUCGUACUAAAUCUAGAAGGCACAAGAGGCCAGUGGAGAUAGACGAACCGCAGCUGGAUGGAGAAGAUGAAGACGAGGAUGGUGGCGGCUCUCCCCUCUACUGUAACUGGGACCUGCGCGGCAUGCAGCACCUGCUGCCGCUCCAGGACUACAUCAUACAACAGGCCAAGUUAUCUAAGCGUGGUGGGUCAGGUCGCGUGCGAUACGCCGGCUCGGGCUCCGACAACGAGUCCACGUCGUCGCGCUCGCGCUCGGGCUCGGAGUCGCGCUCGCUGUCCGGCCACGAGCCCGAUAACGAGUCCUCCGACGGCGGCGCGCGGACGCCCGACGACGACGACGGCUCCGGCGUCUACCUGCCGCACACCUACGCGCAUCGCCCCGCCGACGUCGAGUACAUGAACCACGGCGUCUCCUACUACAACACCUUCGUCGGCUUCGACAGAGAACGACAGUCAGAGCCUGUCAUACAUCGGACUUCUUCACUGGGUAGCGGGCCUACAAGCGCGAGUGCGGCGGGCGCAUGCGUGAGCGUGACGGAUGUAGACGCGGGCGCGGGUGGUGGCGCGGGUGCGGGUGCUGGCGCGGGCGCGCUGUACAGCCCGGUGCGCGCGCACGGAGGCCGCGGCGCGGCGCGCGCCCCGCCGCACGCGCCUCACGCGCCGCCGCCAGAACAAGACAUCGAGAUCUUCGCCAAAGAUAACCUUAACUUUAACAAAGGAAUCUUCAGAAGGAAGGCAUCGGUGCGGGAUAUGUUGUCGUGGACAUCGUCGUCGAUCAGCGCACCGAUGGUGGGAGGCGCGUGGGACAAGGCACACAAAAAGGCCGCCACCGACCUGUUUCGCCUCGUACAGAUAUACAUGGGCGAUAGAAAAGCGCGGCCCGGGAUGACUCUCAACUCCGUCGCGCACGAUAUACUACACGCCGCCUAUGCUAAUGAGAAGCUUCGUGACGAACUCUACGUGCAAUUAUGCAGGCAGACUACAGAGAAUCCACUCCGAGACUCAUUACUUCGUGGCUGGGAGUUGCUAGCUGUUUGUUUGGCUUUUGUGCCGCCUUCUCCCGCCUUCCAACCGGCGCUCACCAACUAUGUUAACAGACAUAGAGACCCUGCGUUUGCAGAUGCUUUUCCUGAGGUGGGCAAAUGGCCCAUACAUGUUCAAGUAUCGCACUAUGCAGGUGUUGCGUGCAAACGCUUAGAACGGAUCGGUUUCGGGGGGAAGAGGCAGCCACGAAAACCUACCACCGAAGAUAUUGACCAAGCCAGGAUACAAAUCUUCCGUCAGUCGAUGUUCGGUAACACAUUAUCGGAGGUGAUGACGUUACAAAAAGACAGGUUCCCGAACAGGCAGCUGCCAUGGGUCCAAGUGGCCUUGUCGCAGCAAGUCCUGGCAUUAAACGGACGCGAGACGGAGGGCAUAUUCCGAGUGUCAGCCGAUGUUGAUGAAGUGAACGCGUUGAAAGCAAAAAUCGACAACUGGGAGCUUCCUGACGCUUCGACGUUGACGGAUGCGCAUGCGCCUGCAAGCCUGCUGAAGCUGUGGUACCGCGAGUUAUACGAGCCGCUGAUCCCAGAUGCGCUGUACGGCGCAUGCGUGGCGGCGGGUACUGAGUACGCGGCGUGUACGCGCGUGCUGCACCGCCUGCCGCCGCUCAACAGACUGGUACUCACAUAUUUAAUAAGCUUUCUCCAGCAAUUCACGGCUCCAGAAGUGGUAAGUCAAACUAAAAUGGAUUCCGCUAAUUUAGCCAUGGUGUUUGCGCCGAAUUGUCUCCGAUGUACCUCGCAAGAUCCGCGCGUCAUACUCGAGAACGCGCGCAAAGAAAUGACUUUCCUAAAGACCCUCAUCACAAACCUGGACACAUCUCACGUGCAAGAUCUGCUGUGACCGAUGAAUCUCAACUACUGCAACAAUAACGUCUCUGCGGGAAGGACUGACUUUUAGCAAUCUAUCGACACUUGACCACUGCAAUAUAGAAAAUUGACGACGUGGUGACGCCUCUUCCUUACUCAAAUAUCAUUACAUUCUCACGCGUGUACUAUAUAGCUAGGGUUGUGACUUGUGACAAUUAUCGAAAAAAACUUUAACAUAAGUUAUAUGGUAUACACGUGAAUGUGUAGCUUCCCUUUAUUGUAUUCGACAUUCUUGUAUAUUUUUUAUAUUUUUGUACGCUAUAUGAUAAUUUUAUUUGGUUGUAUCCAAAGAUAUUUAAUGAGAUGUGAUUCUAUAAUUAUAUUAGACUUGAGCUUUACAAAAGUGUAUUUGCAAUAUGUUUCGAACGGAUAUGUUGGAACAUUUGCAUGAUUGUUAUUAUUAGUCACGAAUAUUUUUUUAGCGCGAUAGAUAUAUCAAUGGAUUUAUUUUAUUUUUGUUAAUUUGCAGUGUUCAAAAAACACAACUUCCUAAUUAUCGAAUUAACAGGAAUAGUUUUUGUACAUGAAUUCCUUACAUAUUCUUGGCGGAAAUUAUAUUUAGAAUUAUAAAAAGAUUUAGGUAGAUUCAAAUACGAUUAUUAUUGAACUAAUGAUAGCUGAUUAAUAAAGUAAUCCCGCAUAGGGAUUAUUUAAUUUUUGCAGAUACCAAUACUUUACUUUUGGGAGCAAUUAUUAUGAUUAACUGUAUAAAUGUUUUCAGAUGUUACUAGCAUAUAAAAAAAUUUGAAUUCUGUUUAUCCCAUUCACUUACAUAUUAAGUUUAUUAGCUGUAGUGAAGUGGUAACUUUUACGUUAUGUAUGGCUUCAUGUACAAACAUUAUGACAAUUUUAUAGUUUCUUUUAUGUUAAAAACGUAAUUUUAGCAUAUCUUUUAAUUUUAAAGUACGUGCACGCUAUUUACAUAUUUCACAAGUUUACAGUAUAUUUAUAGUAUGUACUAAUACCACUAAGUUUCCUACUUUACUAUCGAUCGCAACGUUUUGUGCUACGGUUAAGGUUCAUACAACUACGUCAUCACAUAUGACUGUCCUGUCAAUUAAGUUGUUAUACAUUGAGUGAGUUGCUUUUUACCAAAUUAAGACGACUAUGCGCAUUUAUUUUUUCAAUAUGUAAGUUUGGUAGUAACGUAAGUGGACAAAAAUCGGCUAUGGUAAUGCACUACGCUUGAUAUCCGUAUUAUAACGUUUUUCAUUCCUUUAUUCUGAUAUUUAUCGGCUAUCAAACGAAAUAUCGUCAAAAUAGUUACUAUUAUAGAAUAGGUAAAAAUAGUGAAUCAGCUUUAAAAAUUAGACAGCUUGAAGUCGUAAUUCUGAGCCGCUCUUAAGACUUCUUUUUAGAUACGAUGAAUUUCUUUUUCGUUUAUAACUGAUCUGAUAUGAGGAUGCGGUGGUGACAAUCCUAUUUUAUGUAAGGAUAUAUUCAAAUCAUAGGAUUUUCUGACACAUUUCUGAAGACUGUCGCAUACAUGCGUUGGAUUUUUAUUUAUGAAUUAUAAGCUAAAAAUGUAGUAAAAUGAUAAUUAUUUUAAAACGAUUGUAAUUUCACUGAGGUUAUCAUCAUUAAUGGUUUUGUAUGUUUGUCGCUGAGGUCCUCUUUAGAUAAGUAGUAAAAGUGGUUAAUCAGAGACUGAUUUCUGUGUACGCCAGUGGCGAAGUAUGAAUUUUUCCAAAACUUAAUCCGAGGCAAGAAAAUAUUCCCUUUGUUAACAUAUCGCGACCAAUAUAACAUAAAACAAACCUAAGAUAAACGUAAAUGAAACUAAAAGGGAAGUCGGUAGGAAUCGGGUUGAAUGAACGAUUCGCCACUGGUGUACACUUCGUUUAAAUAUUAUCAUUUAGUGUUUAUUUGGUGCAAUCGUGACGUGCUUAGAAAACAUAUAAAAAAGUCCGACCUAUAUUAAGAUAGCUAUGCGUUGUAAAAUAAUGAAGAAUAAAAUAUAAAAUCAAAUCUUGUGUGGUGUAAAUAAUCUGUAUAAUCUUAGGUGUGUUUAUCAGGAAGAAGGUGGAAUUUUACGUAUAUACCUACAUUUUCCAGGAUCAAUAUCUUACAAACUUUUGGCUCUAUGCUGCCUAUUUGGCUUCACGGCCGAUUCGUCGUUUGCAAAAUGUUAUUGAGGCUAUGGAAGUAAAUUAUAUUUGGUAUAUUCAAAACGCGAGGAUAAAAGCUUGUAUAAACCGAUAUAUCAGCGGUGACUUGUUACUGUUUUAUAAAUAUGUCUGUAUCACACGGGGGUAAUGUAGGGUCGACUUAUUAUAAUAAAGAAUAAGGUGCUUAAUAAAAUGUGGCUACCUUUUUUCAGCGUAUGUAUGCGACCUUUCUUAAGAAAUAUACUUAUUACUUUUUAUUAAAUAGGUGAUGCCUCUUCAAUAUUUCCUCUAUAAAUGCAUGUUAGUAGUGUUAAAUAAAAGCAAUUAAAAUACCUGCGUUGACACAGGUACAAUUUAAAAAAAUAAUAAAAUUAUCACAGCCUGGAAAUUACUGUGUUCAUUUGACGUUUACAAGUCGCGUAAUUAUAAUUGUUUACUCCAUAUAAUUAUACAAUUGUUGUCGUAUAUAAUAAUAUCACGCUUACAAAGGGAGGCUUAGCAAAUGGCAAUAUAUUGUGAAAUAUAAUUUUGUUAGGUGUUCGUUACACCGCAGUGCUAAUGUUACAAACUUAAUCGAUAGAAUAUUUUUUUACCGUCUGCAUUGUCACAAAGUUAUCUAUCAUUGUAAUAGUACAAUACAAUGUUGAAUUUACGCAGUAUUUGAUAGGUGGAAGUACACGUUUUUUUAUUGUAAUCGAAGUACGUACUUUCUCUGCCACGGUUGGUGAUAGUUGAUAGUGUUAGUGAGAUGUUUUGCUAGCUGUUAUGAUCUCAAAACAACAGAUUCGGAGCACCCUACGCAUGUUUUCUUAUAAAAUAUAUUAUUUUUUUACAGAUACAAAACGUUACCAAGAUUUUGUUAGCAGUUUGGUCUAUACCACAUGUUGCAUUAAUUAGUAAAAGUUAAAGAUUUGAAAGAUGUUUAAUAUUCAUUAAAAUAAGGCAGCAUAAUUUGCGCAGCUCAAGCAUUAAAAUUAUUGAUAUUUUUUUUACAUAUUUUACACACAUCGUUCCGCGUUGUGGGCAGGGUGUAAAAAUACUACAGAAUAUACAUUUUAAACACGUAUUAGCCUCGAUUUUUACAAGUAAACCCAUAUUGUUAUAAGAACAAAUAAAAUUCAACAUUAGCUUUGUUUUAGUGUGAAAACACAGUGGUCUGAAUAUAUUGACGAAACUGCUUGUUGUACAUAAUUGUCUGCAUCGUUACCGCACCGACCAGACAUAACAUUGUGCCAUAAAACAAUUUGUAUAAACCGUGAUGAUUGUUACUUGUAUAUUCUAUUGCGUAAUUCUCAUAGUUUUAGUUGCUAGUUUACGAAUUUUGAGGAUUUAACAUAAGUUGCUGUAGGGUGCGAUUAGGGAAGCCACUGAUUAGUUAUUAAAUUCUUUCUAAUAUUUUCUUAAUGCUCUUUUGUAUACACAUAUGGAUUUCUGUAUUGGAAUUAAACAUUAUUUCAUGUACAAUGUUUGGUUAGCUAUUUAUCGGAAUGUGAAGCACGCAUCUACAUAUUAAUAUCGCGAUGGCAGGAGACCUAUACUGAACUAUUAUUAAAGAGGUAUACUGAAAUGCUUGUAAUUUCAUAUUAUGUAAAAUUGUAUAGUGCUUAUAAAUAAUUAUAAAAAUGUAUAAUUUCAUCAAAUAUCAAAAUCCCUUUGUAUAUAACAUGGCUAUUUUUCUUUCUUAUUCAUGACAAUAUAAAGCCUACGAUGUUAAUAAUGUAGAUUAUCACUGUAAAUGUGAAUGUUCAGGAGAAAUAAAUUACUGAUUAUCCCUUGGAUAACUGCGAAUACCA